AUGGCAGGCAUAUAUAAUGGACAUAUACUCGAAUUUCCAACGAUCAAAAUAGACUGUUUCUUACCUACGACCCCGUCGACCCUCCUUCCCUCUCCACCUUCUUGUCCGACUCACCCUCAUCCACUCAAAUCAGCACCCAAUGCUCAAUUGUUCUUGCUCACUCACGUACAUGCAGACCACUUGCUUGGUCUGAGCGAUGCCUUUACGGGUAAAAUCAUUUGUUCACCUGAUACGAAAAGAAUGUUACUUUCCCUUGAAGCGGAAGUAGAUCGAGGUCAUCUGGAGGAGGGAAAGAGGGAGAUGAAGAGACUGAAAUAUCCUGGACUGAGGAAGAGACUAGAAGGGAAAGGGAAAGAUGAAAAGACCGUCGAUAGGAUUGAGGCAGUGCCAUAUGGAUUUCCGAAAGAUUACGAAAUAGAUUAUAAAGAUGGGAAGCCUCAGAUAGUUACAAUCACUCUCCUUGAUGCUAAUCAUUGUCCUGGAUCGACCAUGUUCCUUAUCACUUCUCCUGACGAAGCAGUCCUUCAUACUGGAGAUAUUCGAGCAGAUAAGCUGUUCAUUGAGACUCUCAAACGAGAACCGGCUGUACAACCUUUCAUACGGCCUACAUCGACGUAUGCAGGGACGAAGGGUAAACAGAGAGGAGGAGGAAGAGUAUUGGACAGAAUAUAUCUUGAUACUGGAGCCGUUUUAGGUACUGGUGACAUGCCAGACAGAGAACCUGUCUUACGAGACCUCGUAGAGCAGAUGAGCUUGUUUCCGGAUGACACGAUUUUCUUUCUCGAUACCUGGUGCUUUGGAUGGGAAUAUGUCAUCAAAGAAGUGGCAAAAUACUUUGAUGAGCAGGUUCAUGUCGACCGAUACAAACGAUCCAUAUAUAGUACGAUUGAAACAGAUCCCUACCUUCUUCUUUGCACUACAGUUGAUCCGGAAUCAACUCGCUUUCAUGCUUGCGAAAGAACUCAUAAAUGCACACAUUGUAGACGCUUCGAAAAGGGAAAUAGAAAUCCGGUACAUAAUCUUGAUAAGCGGAUAGUCAGUGUCAAUAUGGUAGAGAUCAAAGAGGCUUCUUGGUCCAUGGAACAUCAAGCAUACUUGGACAGUCUUGGCAAAGCAGCUAUAGGAGACGGGCCCUGGCCUUACAGCAUAAACGUUCCACUGGCGAGACAUUCACCUCUACCCGAAUUACAGAACCUCGUGAAAACUUUCAGACCAAACGCUGUUUCGCCAAAUACCGUCACUUCUGCAAUGAAAGGAAUGGAUUAUUACCUACUUCCUGAUUUUCUGAAAGAUUGUAUCGCAGAAGAAGCUUACGAAGUCAUGCUCAAUGAAAGGGAUCUGUUCUUUGUCAAUAAAUACGGGAAGGCUUUCUUGACAGGUCUAGAAGCCAUGAAGAUGGGAGCAUCACCCGGUAGAGAUACAACGAAUACGGCUUCACUUCACCACCACAACCAACCACUUUUGACGGGGAGGAGUCAGAAAAGCUCGACUCGAACUUCAGUCUCCAAAGAUCAAGUUUUCCGGACGAGUGGAUUACCAGCUCUCAAACCAGAUGAGAUAAUCAACAUGAUGGGAGGUGUUGAUUCGCACGGGGUUAUCAAUCUUUCCGUUGCAGGAACGAAAUACGCGGACGAUUAUGAUACGGAUGAAGAAUCGCUAUCAAAGAGAAGACGGAAAGCUUUUACUGAAGAUAGUAUAAGCUCGUUUCCAGAAGCUUCCCCAGAAAUUGCUAUCAAACGAGAACCGUCAAUGUACAGUGAGAGAUCAAUAGUCAAGUCAGAAGAGGUUACAACAUGCUACAAGCCAGACCCAAAUCAGCAGAUUAAACCGAGAUAUACCAGUCUUCGCAAUAAGAAACCAUCACGAUACUCCUUGGGAUCGGACGAUAAAGAAAGACUUAGAAGCAUGAUGGAAAGAGACCGAGUAGCGUUUGAAGCGAUAAGUAGUGAGAUUUCGAACGUCCCAAAGACGGAGAUAGACUAG